AAGAAAGAAGCUUGAAUUUUUGAUAGAGUAUCACACACUUCAACACGGCACCAAUCAUCUCUUCAACUCUUCAACCACUCACUAUUAGUCUUCUCUUUUCUUCCUCCCUUUUCUGAAUUGCAAAAUCUGAUGAAGAUGAGAUGACAGAAUUCACAAACCUAAGUUCUGAUCUCGUAGAGCUGAUCCUGUCUCUGCUCCCAAUCCCCACCCUCAUCAGAGUCUCAACAGUGUGCAAGCUAUGGCACUCCAUCAUCUCUUCCCCUUCCUUCUCCACACUCUCCAAUCACUCCAACAAGCCGUGGUUCUUCCUCCGUGGCAUCCAUAACAUCUCCUCCAAGAACAACCAGACCUUUGCCUUUGACCCUUCCUCCAACAACUGGUUCCUCCUCCCCACCCCCCAACACCACCACCGACACCAACCCAACACCUCCUUUAUUGGCACUAACUCCUUCUUCUUCAUCACUGCCCCCAACUUCCUCUACACCCCUAUCCUCCACCCCUCCUGGCACCUCACCCCUCCCCUCCACUUCCCCAGGAUCAAUCCCCUAUUGGGUGUCUUCCAUGAUGCUAAAGGUAGCAGCUUUAGUCACCCCAAGUUCAUUGUUGUUGGUGGGGUCAAGUUCAUUGGGAACCUUGUUGACAUAGAGGACCGUUUGGAUGUGGAGAUUUAUGACCCUCUUCUGGGGAAUUGGGACCUUGGGCCUCCUCUCCCUCCUGAUUUCAGAUCAGGAAACUCCUCCUCUUCCCUUUCGUCUGCCCUCUUCAAAGGGAAAUUUUAUGUCUUUGGGAUAUACUCUUGCUUUGUUUCGUCUUUUGACUUGCAUCAUAGGGUUUGGAGCGAGGUUCACACCCUUAGGCCUCAUGGGGCUGUGUUCUCCUUCUUGGUUGCAUGUAAGGAGAUGCUUGUGCUUGCUGGGGUGUGCAAUUUUCCCCACGGGUUUUCUUCCUUUGUGCUGUGGAAGGUUGAUGAGAGGACCAUGAGGUUCAGCCAGAUUGAUGUGAUGCCACAUGAUUUGCUCUGUAGCUUGUUUGAUGGUGACGAGGAUGAUAAAUUUGCAAGCUUGAAGUGUGUUGGGUUGGGAGAUCUUAUAUAUGUUUACAAUGAGGAUUACCAUAGGAUGUACCCUGCUUGUGUGUGUGAGAUUAACGGGGAGAGUGGGAGGUGUGUGUGGAGGAAAGUGCCCCCGUUGCCAUCACUGAUGAACAGGUUUCACAAAGUUAUUAGCUUUUGUUCGACAGUUUCACUGCAUAGUAUUCUGCGUGAACUUCAAGGCCCUGGUCUUCAAUUCUAGGGUGAGGGGGUAGAGCUUGAACAAGCUGUGGUGAGCUGAAUACUCUCUUGAGGAGAGACAUUUGAAAAUCUGGGUGAAUCCUGCUAUCCUCUGGUUAAUUCAUCAUAUAGGCUUUUUGAUCAGCAAUGGGAUAUUUUAUAACUAUAAUAGAGUACUUGGGGUACUCCAAUCCAUUUACAAGAUAUGUACAGCACUGUAGAUACAAUAAUAAUUCAAGAAUGCCUUUCUAGUACAUUGUAAGAUUUCAUUCUUAUUCUAUAACAGAGAAUCUACUUUUCCAUGUAUACAUUGGAAUUGACCCAUAUAUUAGCUUUCUACAUUUUAUCUAACAUAUACUACAUUUCAGUUGUGGCUGCAAUAUUAAUCUUAUUAUACUCUUCAUUAUGUGAACAUAUGUGAUGGAGAUUUUCUUUCAAGCAUAUUCCUUCAUAUCUUUAACCAAGUGUGCAUAUAAGUUAGAAGUGUAGCAGCACCACUUCCAAGCUAAGAGGUCAACUACCACUUUGAAGUCAUGUUCCUCUUAGCUCACCACCUCUUUAAAUGAGGUGCCUAAAGGACAUUGCCAUCAUUUCCUGAAUCACAAGUCAAAGCCACUAACAUAAGCUACCUGACCAAUUCUAUCCAAAAUCUGAAAAUGACCUUAAAAACGAGGACAAAGGUUGUUGUUAGGCCUUUUAUGUUAAUAAGUAAAUCAAGUAAAUCAUAAUCAAGGAAAUCCAUUAUUAAUCAUUCCUUUUAUUGUGCAUAUUUACAGUUAAUUUGGUAAUCAGCCUAUCAAUUAGGAAUAAGAAAUAAUUUGUAAUCACUAGCUGUAAAGCUAGCUUUAUAUAUAGAAGAAAGGAAAAUCAAACAAGGCAUCAAAAGCAAACUUUGUUCACAUGGUGUCUCGAGUCUCCUCUCUUAAGAACCUUAGCUACUGUUGCCAAAAUGACAGUGUAAGAACAAUCCUCUCUAUUUGCAGCCUCCCAAGGCUGGUUACAUGAUAAAAUGGAUGUGAAGAAUGCCUUUCCAGGCCAAAGAUAUUUUAAUGACUCCUCCACGAGGGUUGUUUUCUUAUUCUGGUGUUUGGAAAAUGGAGCUUUCAUUUUUCUGGUUUCCUCCACAAUUUUCAUUUUUCCUUCCAUUUUCAUGGUGAUCUUUAAAGUCCCUUGCCUCAUUGCAUCCAUUCUUGAUACCCUCUGCUCUAAGAUAGAAUCUCUGAUACCAGUUGAUACAGCUGGUACGAAGAAUUAAAAGAAAUAACACCACAAUAUGCAGAAGUAGAGGUAAAGAGAAAGAAUAGAGAGAAAAAAGGUAAAUUGUGAAUUUGUGUUGAGUACUGAGAGUUUGAGAGUCUCACUCCCAGAAUAAGUUCCCAAAACCUGCAACUGCAGCAAUAACAUUGUUAUUUAUACACUAUAACUGACUAACUUGUGGGUCGGUUGGAUUUUUUUUGUUCUUCAUAUCUGUGUGAUUGGUGCAUCUGGGUUGUCUAUAUCUUCUACAUUGAUGCAUCUGGGUUGUCUAUAUCUUCUACAUUGAUGCAUCUGGGUUGUACUAUAGUGCUUGGUUUUUUAAGACAAGUACUCCGUUUUGAAAGUUUAUGAUCUUGGUUUCUCCAUUUCUCAUUACCUGUAUCUUAGUUUAUACUCUGUAUAUUGAACUGUUGAAUUUAGAUUAAGUUUACAGAUUUCAACUAGUUCAAACUUUAUUUCAAUUGAAGUUCUCUUAUUGGUUGCUGGUAUCAGAAACUUAUUCUUUGUCUACGAGUUAAUCACCAUCAUUGAGCUUUUCCAUUUCCUUCCAUUUUCUUCUUCUUCAAUAAUCUACUUCCAAUUGUUCAACAUUUAACAAU